AUGGUAGAUGAUAAAACUGAAGAAAGAUAUUCCCAUGACUAUGCUGAAAUAUACACACAAGAAGAUAACGAUAAUCUGUUAGAACUUAUACGCCAUAUACACGAAUUAUCUGGCAUCAUAAUCAAGGAAAUGCAUUUAACCCCUUUAGACGCGCAUAAAAGCGAGCUGUUAAAAAUUUAUAAUCAGAUACAGAAAUUAGAAUUAGCGUGUAACAACAGUAUGUUAAGCGAAACCUCAGUGGUACGUUCAGAGGAAAAUAAAAUAGCAGAUCAGCAUAUUAUAAAUAUACAAGAAAUGUUUAAAAAGCUGAAUAAUUUGGCUAAUCCGCCUAUUAAAUCUAAAAAUAAUAAUAAAAUUCAGCAUCUGAUUACUAGUAUUUGUAAUAAAAUGGCUGAUCUUGAUAUUAUACCCUGCCCUGUUGCUUUAAUACGUAUAAAUAGUAUAUACUCUGUGCCAAAAGACAGUAUUUUAUUACAAAAAUCUAAUAAUAGCUCCCUGAACGUAGCACCCAGGCACUUAGCCCAGAUGGUAAACAAUGAAAUGAGCAAUUCCCCUUCCUCAAAUUUGUUAACUACGUGCACUAACAAUAUAACAAGCACAUUUAACAAUACUCGGGCUCAGCCUGCUUCUACUUGUAAUGCAAAUGAUAUUAGUUUAAUCCAAAUUAAUGUUCAUAAAACAAAUCCACCAGUGCCUAAUCAAGAGGUAAGCAAAAUAACCAAAUUUUUAUAUUAUGUGUUUGAAAUUUACAGAUUCAUACUUAUACCAGCAUCUUUCUUUAUAUCAAUGUUCUCUCUAUCACUUCAGUCUGGACUGUUUAUAGGCUACUUACAACACCAACAAAAUAUAAGCCUUUAUAUAUUACAAAAUUACUAUGUAGCUAUGAUUUGUGCCUAUUUUUUAAUAGGCUAUUUUGGAAUUAUUAUGGAAGUAAUAACAUAUAUAUCCUUUAUGUUAGAAUUCUGUAAAAACAAAUGUGUAAUAGUAAUGUUUGGUACACUUAUAGAAGUUGUACUACUUAAACUCCCUGCCAUUCUUGCAUAUAUAUGUUUUAAACACAUUGAACAUGUAAAAAUGGUUGUUUUUUUAGGUUUAGUGGCAAGGGCGGUAUUUCUUAUACUAGGUAUAGCAGAUUAUAUAUUUUCUUCUCUGACGAUUAGUUCAUCUUUUCCCAGAAGAGAUCUGUUUUUCAACUAUAUUCCAAGAGAAAACAGAAAACGAGCACUAUUGGUUUUGCUAUACAUUAUAUUUUUUAUAUUUAUGUAUUUACUAGACAUUUUGUUUUUAUCUAGAGUGGAAAUUGUAUCUAAUUAUAAUAGAACAGUGUUUGUUAUCACAUAG